GCUCUCGAGUUCUCGCGGUAUUUCGGGCCCUCUCGCGGGAGUAUCGUUGUGAAGGGCUGCAGCAGAGCUACAGGAUCCACCGGCAGAAUGGCGUUCACAUGUGACCAGUGUGGGAAGAAGUAUAAUCAGUAUUCUGCACUCAAUCGACACAUGAGAAUCCACACUGGAAAGAAACCAUUCGAAUGUGACCAGUGUGGGAAGGACUUUACUCGUCCUCAUCCACUCAAAGAACAUAUGAAAGUCCACACAGGAGAGAGGCCAUUUGAAUGUGACCAGUGUGGGAAGAAAUUUAAACAGUCUGGUACACUCAAACAACAUAUGAGAAUCCACACAGGAGAGAGGCCAUUUGAAUGUGACCAGUGUGGGAAGAAAUUUAAACAGUCUGGUACACUCAAACAACAUAUGAGAAUCCACACUGGAGAGAGGCCAUUUGAAUGUGACCAGUGUGGGAAGAAAUUUAUACAGUCUGUUGCACUCAAAGAACACUACAGAAAUCACACAGGAGAAAGGCCAUACAGAUGUGACCAGUGUGGGAAGACGUGGGCCAAGGCUUCAGCUCUCAAAAUCCACUACAGAGGUCACACAGGAGAAAGGCCAUACAGCUGUGACCAGUGUGGGAAGAAGUAUAAUCGGUCUUCUACACUCAAUCGACACAUGAGAAUCCACACUGGAAAGAAACCAUUUGAAUGUGACCAGUGUGGGAAGGACUUUACUCGUCCUCAUCCACUCAAAGAACAUAUGAAAGUCCACACAGGAGAGAGGCCAUUUGAAUGUGACCAGUGUGGGAAGAAAUUUAAACAGUCUGAUACACUCAAACAACAUAUGAGAAUCCACACAGGAGAAGGCCUAUACAGCUGUGACCAGUGUGGGAAGGACUUUACUCGUCCUCAUCCACUCAAAGAACAUAUGAAAGUCCACACAGGAGAGAGGCCAUUUGAAUGUGACCAGUGUGGGAAGAAAUUUAAACAGUCUGGUACACUCAAACAACAUAUGAGAAUCCACACAGGAGAGAAACCAUUUGAAUGUGACCAGUGUGGUAAGGAAUUUAAACAGUCUGGUGCACUUAAACAGCACAUGAGUAUCCACACAGGAGAGAGGCCAUUUGAAUGUGACCAGUGUGGGAAGAAAUUUAUACAGUCUGUUGCACUCAAAGAACACUACAGAAAUCACACAGGAGAAAGACCAUACAGCUGUGACCAGUGUAAUAAGAAGUAUAAACUGUCUGGUACACUCAAACAACAUAUGAGAAUCCACACUGGAGAGAAGCCAUUUGAAUGUGACCAGUGUGGGAAGAAAUUUACAUGGUCUGUUGCACUCAAACGACAUAUGAGAAUUCACACAGGAGAGAGGCCAUUUGAGUGUGGCCAGUGUGGGAAGAAAUUUAAACUGUCUGGUGCACUCAAAGUACACAUGACAACCCACACAGAUGAGAGGCCAUUUGAGUGUGGCCAGUGUGGGAAGACAUUUAAAGAGUCUGUUGUACUUAAACAACAUAUGAGAAUUCACACAGGAGAGAAGCCAUUUGAAUGUGACCAGUGUGGGAAGAAAUUUACAUGGUCCACUACAUUUAAAGAACAUAUGAGAAUUCACACAGGAGAGAGGCCAUUUGAAUGUGACCAGUGUGGGAAGGAAUUUAAACAGUCUGUUGCACUCAAACGACAUAUGAGAAUUCACACAGAUGAGAGGCCAUUUGAGUGUGGCCAGUGUGGGAAGACAUUUAAAGAGUCUGUUGUACUUAAACAACAUAUGAGAAUUCACACAGGAGAGAGGCCAUUUGAAUGUGACCAGUGUGGGAAGAAAUUUUCAUGGUCCACUACACUUAAAGAACAUAUGAGAAUCCACACAGGAGAGAGGCCAUUUGAAUGUGACCAGUGUGGGAAGGAAUUUAAACAGUCUGUUGCACUCAAACAACAUAUGAGAAUUCACACAGAUGAGAGGCCAUUUGAAUGUGACCAGUGUGGGAACACAUUUAAAAGCUCUAGUCACCUUCAUCGACAUAGAAGAAUCCACAGUGGGGAAAAAUACACAUGUGUCCAAUGUGGGAAAGCGUUUUCUGAUUCAUCAUAUCUCAUUAAACACUACAGAAUUCACACAGGAGAAAGGCCAUACAGCUGUGACCAGUGUGGGAAGAAGUAUAAUCAGUCUUCUACACUCAAUCGACACAUGAGAAUCCACACUGGAAAGAAACCAUUUGAAUGUGACCUGUGUGGGAAGGAAUUUAAACAGUCUGGUACACUUAAACAGCACAUGAGGAUCCACACAGUAGAGAAACCAUUUGAAUGUGACCAGUGUGGAAAUGCAUUCAACAAGGCUUCAGCACUCAAAGAACACUACAGAAUUCACACAGGAGAAAGACCAUACAGCUGUGACCAGUGUAAUAAGAAAUUUAAACGGUCUGGCGCACUCAAACAACAUAUGAGAAUUCACACAGAAGAGAAGCCAUUUGAAUGUGACCAGUGUGGGAAGGAAUUUAAAUACUCUAACAUACUCAUAAGACAUAAAAGAAUCCACACAGGAGAGAGGCCAUUUGAAUGUGACCAGUGUGGGAAGAAAUUUACAUGGUCUGUUGCACUCAAACGACAUAUGAGAAUUCACACAGGAGAGAGGCCAUUUGAGUGUGGCCAGUGUGGGAAGAAAUUUAAACAGUCUGGUGCACUUAAACAGCACAUGUGGAUCCACACAGGAGUGAAGCCAUUUAAAUGUGACCAGUGUAAUAAGACAUUUAAGCAGUCUCGUACACUCAAAGUACACAUGAAAAUCCACACAGGAGAGAAGCCAUUUGAAUGUGACCAGUGUGGGAAGGAAUUUACCUUUUCUCAUGCACUCAAACUACAUAUGAGAAUCCACACAGGAGAGCAGCCAUUUGAAUGUGACCAGUGUGGGAAGGGAUUUACAGUGCUUCAAACACUCAAAUUACAUAUGAUUACCCACACAGAUGAGAGGCCAUUUGAAUGUGACCAGUGUGGGAAGACUUUUAGACAGUCUGGUUCAGUCAAAAAGCAUAUGCGAAUCCACACAGAUGAGAGGCCAUUUGAAUGUGACCAGUGUGGGAAGACUUUUAGACAGUCUGGUUCACUCAAAAAGCAUAUGCGUAUUCACACAGGAGAGAAGCCAUUUGAAUGUGACCAGUGUGGGAAGGAAUGUACACAGUCUGGUGCACUCAAACAACAUAUGAGAAUUCACACAGGAGAGAAACCAUUUGAAUGUGACCAGUGUGGAAAUGCUUUCAUCAGUUCUUCAGCACUCAAUGUACACUACAGAACUCACACAGGAGAAAGGCCAUACAGUUGUGACCAGUGUAAUAAGACAUUUAAACGGUCUGAUGAACUCAAACGACAUAUGAGAAUCCACACUGGAGAGCAGCCAUUUGAAUGUGACCAGUGUGGGAAAGAAUUUAAACGGUCUGGUGCACUCAAAGUACACAUGACAACCCACUCAGAUGAGAGGCCAUUUGUGUGUGGCCAGUGUGGGAAGGAAUUUACUCGUUCUGAUUUACUCAAACAACAUAUGAGAAUCCACACAGGAGAUAAGCCAUUUGAAUGUGACCAGUGUGGAAAUGCUUUCAUCAGUUCAUCAGCACUCAAAGUACACUACAGAAUUCACACAGGAGAAAGGCCAUACAGAUGUGACCAGUGUGGGAAGACGUGGACCAAGGCUUCAGCUCUCAAAAUCCACUACAGAAUUCACACAGGAGAAAGGCCAUACAGCUGUGACCAGUGUGGGAAGGAAUUUAUUCGUCCUCAUUCACUCAAAGAACAUAUGAGAGUCCACACAGGAGAGAGGCCAUUUGAAUGUGACCAGUGUGGGAAGAAAUUUAAACUGUCUGGUGCAUUUAAACAACAUAUGAGAAUCCACACAGGAGAGAAGCCAUUUGAAUGUGACCAGUGUGGGAAGAAAUUUAGUAGUUCUGGUGUAUUCAAAAAACAUAUGAGAAUCCACACUGGAGAGAGGCCAUUUGAAUGUGACCAGUGUGGGAAGCAAUUUACACAGUCUGGUGCACUCAAACAACAUAUGAGCAUUCACACGGGAGAGAGGCCAUUUGAAUGUGACCAGUGUGGGAAGAAAUUUACACGGUCUGGUGCACUCAAACAACAUAUGAGAAUUCACGCAGGAGAGAAGCCAUUUGAAUGUGACCAGUGUGGGAAGAAAUUUACACGGUCUGGUGCACUCAAACAACAUAUGAGAAUUCACACAGGAGAGAAGCCAUUUGAAUGUGACCAGUGUGGGAAGAAAUUUACACAGUCUGGUACACUCAAGCAACAUAUGAGCGUUCACACAGGAGAGAGACCAUUUGAAUGUGACCAGUGUGGGAAGGAAUUUAAACAGUCUGUUGCACUCAAACAACAUAUGAGCGUUCACACGGGAGAGAGACCAUUUGAAUGUGACCAGUGUGGGAAGAAAUUUACAUUGUCCACUACACUUAAAGAACAUAUGAGAAUUCACACAGGAGAGAGGCCAUUUGAAUGUGACCAGUGUGGGAAGAAAUUUACACAGUCCAGUAAUCUUAAAGAACAUAUGAGAAUCCACACGGGAGAGAGGCCAUUUGAAUGUGACCAGUGUGGGAAGAAAUUUACACAGUCCAGUAAUCUUAAAGAACAUAUGAGAGUCCACACGGGAGAGAGGCCAUUUGAAUGUGACCAGUGUGGGAAUACAUUUAAACUGUCUGGUACACUUAAACAGCACAUGAGGAUCCACACAGGAGAGAAACCUUUUGAAUGUGACCAGUGUGGGAAGAAAUUUACACUGCUUCACACACUCAAAUUACAUAUGACUACCCACACAGAUGAGAGGCCAUUUGAAUGUGACCAGUGUGGGAAGACUUUUACACGGUCUGGUUCACUCAAAAAGCAUAUGCGAAACCACACGGGAGAGCCAUUUGAAUGUGACCAGUGUGGGAAACAAUUUAAAAGCUCUAGUCACCUUCAUCGACAUAGAAGAAUCCACAGUGGGGAAAAAUCAUACACAUGUGUCCAAUGUGGGAAAGCGUUUUCUGAUUCAUCCAGUCUGAAUAGACACAUGAGAGUUCACACCUGGCACAGACUAUACGAGUGUGACCAGUGUGAAAAGACUUUCACAACAUCACAGCAGCUCUCCAGUCACUACCGAACGCACACAGGAGACAAACCAUAUGACUCUGACGAGGGGGAAGGCUUUAAGACCUAUGAGGAACCAUCUGAAACAUCUCCAAAUCUUCCAGACGGACACACUAAUGGAGACAGAGCUGCUGAGGCUGGAUCAUGUGAGCCUAAAGUCAGACUCAAAAAGCUCCAGAUCAGACUUCAGAGACUCCAGACUGUGGAGCUCAACUCUGUGUAGAGUCAACAUAUCUU